AUGGCCGCCACCACCACCAGCAUCCGCCAGUUCUCCACCUCGGGCUCUGUGAAGGGCCUGUGUGUGCCUGGUGGGGGAUUCUCCCGGGGGUCCUCGGUCCGUGUUGGGGGUGCCUGCCGGGCCCCCAGCCUCCUAGGAGCUGGCAGCUGUGGCAACAUGUCGGUCACCUCGUCCCGUUUCUCAGCGGGUAUGGGGGGCGGCUACAGCAGCGGCUACACCUGCAACCUGGGAGGGGGCUUCGGAUCUAGCUUUGGCAUGUCGGACACCCUGCUGGGGGGCGGUGAGAAGGAGACCAUGCAGAACCUCAACGACCGCCUGGCCUCCUACCUGGAGAAGGUGCGUGCCCUGGAGGAGGCCAAUGCCGACCUGGAGGUGAAGAUCCGAGACUGGUACAAGAAACAAGGACCUGGGCCGGCCCGUGACUAUAGCCACUACUUCAAGAUCAUCGAAGACCUGCGGAGUAAGAUCCUGGCAGCCACCAUCGACAAUGCCAGCUUCGUGCUGCAGAUCGACAAUGCCCGCCUGGCAGCUGAUGACUUCCGCACCAAGUACGAGACGGAGCUGAACCUGCGAAUGAGCGUGGAGGCCGACAUCAACGGUCUGCGCAGGGUGCUGGACGAGCUGACCCUGGCCAGAGCUGACCUAGAAAUGCAGAUCGAGAAUCUCAAGGAGGAGCUGGCCUACCUGAAGAAGAACCAUGAGGAGGAAAUGAAUGCCCUUCGUGGUCAAGUGGGUGGGGAUGUCAGCGUGGAGAUGGACGCAGCCCCUGGUGUGGACCUGAGCCGAAUCCUGAAUGAGAUGCGUGAACAGUAUGAGAAGAUGGCAGAGAAGAACCGCAAAGAUGCUGAGGACUGGUUCUUCAGUAAGACAGAGGAGCUGAACCGCGAAGUGGCCACCAACACCGAGGCCCUGCAGAGCAGCCGGACAGAGAUCACGGAGCUGCGUCGUACGGUGCAGAAUCUAGAGAUUGAGUUGCAGUCCCAGCUCAGCAUGAAAGCGUCGCUGGAGGGCAGCCUGGCAGAGACAGAGGCGCGCUACGGGGCCCAGUUGGCCCAACUGCAGGGGCUCAUCAGCAGCAUCGAGCAGCAGCUUUGUGAGCUGCGCUGUGACAUGGAACGUCAGAACCACGAGUACCAGGUGCUGCUGGACGUGAAGACCCGCUUGGAGCAGGAGAUCGCCACCUACCGCCGCCUGCUGGAGGGCGAGGAUGCCCACCUGGCCACCCAGUAUUCCUCGUCCCUGACCUCGCAGCCCACCAGGGAAGCCACAGUGACCAGCCGCCAGGUGCGCACCAUCAUGGAGGAGAUCCAGGACGGCAAGGUGGUCACCUCCCGCGAGCAGGUGCACCGCACCACCCACUGA